AUGUCGCUUGCCUUGAGUUCUAUUCUUCUCGUAAUCGUAAGUGGCGGAAUCGCACAAAAUUUGGGAGAAGACUGUGUGGUGUCUCAUACAAAUACGCGUGGUGUGUGUGCUCUCGCAUCUAAAUGUCUGACAGCGAGACAAGAAUUUCAAAAUAAUGGUAUAACCCCAACAUUUUGUAAAAGUACCGGCAAUGCGCUGUUAGUAUGCUGUAGGGACGGCCUUUCUAUACUCAACAAUGCCCCAGUCAAUCGCAGACCAGCGUUCAGUUCGUUUUCAUCAAAGCCAGAUACAAAUAGACGCUUAAGUGAUAGAAAAUGUGAAGAAUAUAGUCGGGGUGUAGUUCAAAAUGUGAACUUCAUAGCGCUAGUUGUCGAACCUGAUGUAAUGUCAAUCUCAGCUCCCAAAUGUGAUUACACCGGAGUGGAACUGAUUGUAGGAGGAGAAAAUGCUAACCAGGGAGAGUUUCCACAUAUGGCUGCAAUUGGAUGGAUAGAUUUUGAUGACAACUACGCUUUCCAAUGCGGAGGCAGUCUUAUCAGUUCUCGUUUCGUAUUAACUGCCGGGCAUUGCAUCAGAAAUCCGAGAAUGAAAGAUCCUAAGCCAGCUAUUGUGAGACUUGGAGACCAGAAUCUUGACCCUAAAGUUCGGGAUGGUGCCAAUCCUGUAGACGUAGCCAUAAAAACAGUACACAAACACCCUGGAUACAAAUCGCCUGGAAAAUAUAAUGAUAUCGCUCUACUCGAGCUGAAGGUGGACGUCGACUUCAGUGCCGAUAUCAGACCAGCCUGCCUCUGGAAUAAGCCUGACUUUUCUGGGUAUACCAAGGCUAUUGCCACCGGUUGGGGAGUCAAUGAUACAGUUAAAAAAGAAACAACUAACGAGCUUCAGAAAGUGUUGCUUUCAUUGCUAGAGAACGACGACUGCGAUGUUCUUUUACAGGAUACUCAAAACAGGCAUUGGAGCGGUUUUAUAGAAUCGCAAAUGUGUGCUGGAGAGUUGCGCGGUGGGAAGGAUACAUGCCAGGGAGAUUCAGGAUCACCGCUUCAAGUCGCAUCGAAAGGCAACAAAUGCAUAUUCCACGUCAUCGGUAUUACAUCGUUUGGACGUCGCUGCGCGGAGUCAGGAAAACCUGCGGUAUACACGAGAGUAUCUAGUUACUUGGAUUGGAUCGAAUCUGUUGUAUGGCCGGGUGAA